GUCUGGCUGACUGACAUCAGUAAAAGUGUCAAAUUCAGAAUUUCAGAUGUUGACGAAGCGAAGUUGUUUAUAAAAUAAAUUCAUAUCUUGUUAAGAAUACUUUAAUUCCGCCAAUUUCAGCUGAUAAGUACUAUCUCACAGUUCGAUAACUCGUCCUAAUGGUUGGACUGUAUGAAUCAAAAGCUGGAAGUUAUUUAACAACUGUUAUUUUCUAUCAUAGCUAAAUAAUGUCUGUGAAUUAUAUUCCUAGAGUAACACAGUUAGAUGCUGUGCAGUUGGACAAUCAACUUGAAGAACUUUUCAAACAGUUGGUUUUUCAAGCAACUCAAUUCAUAGAGCCCCAGUAUGUUCAACCUAUUCUGCCUGAGUUGGAACUUUUGAUAAGAACAUGGAUUUUUAAAUAUUCCGUGUAUGACCAAAAGAGUACCUUUGGGCAACAGAUGCUCUCAUUGAAUUAUAAAUCAGACAACUUUGCUAGAAGUAAACUGUUCUGGUAUUAUGGUUACAAUGUCGGGCUGAAGUAUCUUAGAGAAAGAGCAAUCUACAGUUUUACAUCCAACACAAAAGUUCAGAAUUUUAUUAAUAAAUUGGAAACUUUUCAAUUGAUUGGUGAUAUAUUGAACUUCUGUAGAUUCAUACAGACUGGCAAAUAUCCACUGCUCAUAGAUUUUAUAUUGGGCAUUGAGUUGUCUGCUGAGAAGUUGACUAGAGAAGACCUAACUGAUUUCUCUUGGACUAGAGAACUUUUGUGGCAUAAUUUUAUUGAAUUAAUAGGCACAUCAAUAGCAUUGAUCAACAUCUUUGGAGUAAGAAGUAAACUAUCAAACUUACUGAAGUAUGUGUGGUGGCGACAACAUGUCCGAUCAACAGCCAGUACCAUGGAGGCUGUGAUGACAUUACAGACUGUCUGUGCUUGCUGUAACAAUAAGCCAGUGCUCCCUCACACUUUGGGCUGCAGCCACAUAUUUUGUUACUAUUGUAUAAUGGCCAACAAAACUGCAGAUCAAGACUAUUCUUGCCCAAAAUGCUAUUUUAAUGGAAGAGAAAUCAACAAACUUAUAAUGCCUGGCCAUCAAUAAAUGCGUACUAAGUAAAUAUUAAUGGGAAACGGGGUACUGUGAACUGUGGCUGUGUACUUUUAAAAGUUUCAUUGAGUGUCGUAAAAGCGUCUAUGGUUUAAAAAAGGUUGCGUUUGUCAUUGAGUAUUUGUUUUGUAUAUUGAUUUGAAUUACGAAUCCAAAAUUCUAUUUAAUAAAAUCUAAUUGAUCAGGAUAUAUUUGAUUGGUUCGUAGUUCGAAUCAUUUUUUUUUUCAAAAGUGUUAAAGUUCGUAAUGAAUUUGUCUGAAACAAGACUUGGCACACGCUUCGAAUUUAUUCGAGACUUUCCUAAUAUCUUACGUAGUUCUUAAUUCUUUUGUAUAGAACAUAACAUUUUGUCCCUUACUAUGCCAACCAAAAAAAAAUCCAACCUUUCGCGAAUUAGCCGAGAUGCGAAAAGGAUGAGACUUAAUAGGUCUCAGGAAUCAGAAGAAGAUCGUGAAGUGCGGUUAUCUAUCAGCCGAGAGAACAUUGCUCUGUCACGUGCAUCUGAAACUAUUACUGAGAGGUGCAAACGCUUAAGUUUGCUAAGAAUUCGAGCCGCGACUUUGCGCUCUCGGGAGAGCACUGAGCAACGCGAGCGACGGCUUGCAGCUGAUCGAGAUAGACACACCCUCUCGCGCUAUUCAGAGACUUUUAUCGAAAGGGAGUUACGUUUAAGUUCGCAAAGAACUCGAGCCGCGGCUCGACGCUCGCAAGAGAGUUUCGAAGAACGUGAAGCACGUUUAGCCUCCGACCGACAGCGUCGUGCCCUCUCGCGCCAAUCCGAAUCUCUUUCACAAAGAGGACAACGAUUAUCAAUAGCUAGAAAUAACUGUGUGGAGGCCCGAUUAAGCUAUGAAAGUUAUCUAGCAUCUGAAAGAGAAAGAAUAGUUGAGCUAAGACGAACAGAAACAGAGGAUCAGUCUAGCCUAUUCAUUGAACGAACCCGAUACCAUAUUGACAGAGACCCGAUUGGCCUCAUAGACACGAAUAGCAGUGCAGAUGAGUCUGUGGAAUAUGGCGAAACAAUUAAAUAAGAAAUAACAGUUAAGGGGUGUUGUUAAUUUUUUAGGUGUAAUGGCACUUUUUAGAAUUAAGCAAAAUAUUGUAAAAUUAUGUACAAAGUAAUAAACGGUGGAUUGAUUGAUUGAAUAAAUAUUUUUUAUUUCAUCUAUA